AGUUAUUAUUAUCCCUCUCCUUGGCUGUUUAGCCAAGCAGUAGAGAAUCUUGAGAUCAGCAGCCAUGGACGCAGCUCAUUGCUACCUCGAAGGAAACGCAGACGCAGUAGAGUUCUGUCCUCACGAGCCUCACGCGAACUUGCUUGCAGCUUCUACUUACACACUCGAAGAAGGAGAUCUCCCCUCUCGAUCGGGCUCUGUCUAUCUAUUCGACAUCGAACAUUCUCGUUUGAAUCUCUUACAUAAAGUCGACACCACCGGAGUCUUCGACAUCCGUUGGAGCCGCGGUGGAGGAGGGAGCUUGGCGCUUGCUCAAGCUGAUGCUGAUGGGUGCUUGAGAGUUUACAAGGUUGAUGACUCUGAAGCCAAAGGUUACUCUCUGAGAGAAGUCGCUGGUUCAAAAAUCAGUUCAUCAAUGUGUCUUUAUCUCGAUUGGGACCAGUCAUCGACAUCGAUUGUAGUUGGUUUAUCCGAUGGCUCUGCUUCUGUUGUUUCGUUCAGUGAUUCCAAUCUAGAAACAGUCCAAGAAUGGAAAGAACACGACUUUGAGGUCUGGACAGCUUCGUUUGAUCUCAAUAACCCUAGUUUGGUCUAUACUGGAUCAGAUGAUUGCAAGUUCAGCUGUUGGGAUAUCAGAGACAGUCCCGGGGACAAUCGGGUUUUCCAGAAUUCCAAAGCUCACACGAUGGGUGUUUGCUGCAUCUCGCCGAGUCCAAGUGAUCCUUACUCUGUAUUCACUGGAAGUUAUGAUGAAACUUUGAGGGUUUGGGACACGAGGUCUGUUUCGAGACCUGUGAAUGAAAUAUCGGUGUCACUAGGGGGAGGAGUGUGGAGAAUCAAGCAUCAUCCGUCUCUGAGCGGUGUUGUUUUGGCAGCUUGUAUGCAUAAUGGUUUUGCUGUAGUUAAGGUUAGUGGUGGGAAAGGUGAAGUGAUGGAGAGUUAUAACAAGCAUGAAUCUCUUGCUUAUGGAGCUGAUUGGUAUAAGGGGAAAGAUCAGAAGCGGAGUCUUGUGGCAACUUGCUCGUUUUAUGAUAAGCUUCUUCGUUUAUGGACGCCUGAAACUACGUUUGAGAUUUGAAGUUGCUUGAUCCUUUUUUUUUUUAUUGUUUGCCUAGACUGUUGAAUUUCAAAUUGCAAUGCUCUUUUCAAUAAGAGCUUCAAGA